AUGGAAGCUAUGUCCCCCCAGCAGGAGACUCUAGGGGGGCAACCAGGGCGCUCCUCUUCUCUGACAGCAGUGUCUAGGCUCGCCGGAGGCUCUAGCACCAAGAAGAAAAUGAAAACAUUAUCAGAAAGAAGGCGGAGUGCCCCAUCCCUGAUCCUGGACAAAGCCCUGCAAAAACGGCCUAGUACCAAGGAGAGUUCUUCCGCUAGUGCAGACACAUGUGCGUUUCUUUCAUCAUUCGUAUGUUCCAGCAGGACUCUGUUGAUUGAUGGCUGGGUAGAACUCAAGAGAGGCCUGCAGAGGCAGGAGCGGCAUCUCUUCCUGUUUAAUGAUCUGCUUGUUGUGGCCAAAAUCAAAUAUAACAACAACUUUAAGAUAAAAAAUAAAAUAAAGCUAAGUGACAUGUGGACAGCAAGCUGUGUGGAUGAAGUAGGAGAAGGCAACACCAAUGCCCUGAAGUCCUUUGUCUUGGGCUGGCCCACAGUGAACUUUGUGGCUACUUUCAGUUCUCCAGAGCAAAAAGACAAAUGGCUGUGUCUCCUUCAGAGAUACAUCAAUCUAGAAAAAGAGAAGGACUACCCGAAGAGCAUUCCCCUCAAAAUCUUCGCCAAGGACAUUGGGAAUUGUGCCUAUUCUAAAACGAUAACAGUCAUGAAUUCAGACACUGCGAAUGAAGUUAUCCACAUGUCAUUGCCAAUGCUAGGGAUAACUGGAUCUGAGAGAGAUUACCAAUUAUGGGUCAAUUCUGGCAAAGAAGAGGCACCCUACCCACUUAUUGGGCACGAAUACCCCUAUGGAAUUAAAAUGAGUCAUCUUCGAGACACGGUGCUCCUGACACAGGGAUCAAAGGACUCCAGCACCCCGUCCAGCCUCCAAGAGUCCUUCCUCAUGGAACAGCUGCCCCGGGAGAUGCAGUGCCAGUUCAUCUUGAAGCCCAGCCGCCUGGCUACCGCCCAGCAACUCAGUGAUUCGGGUCAGAAGACGUUUAAAAGGAGGCGGUCUAUCAUAAACUGGGCUUUCUGGCGAGGUUCUAGCACUCACCUGGACAACUUACCCUUGUCACCAACAUCUCCUAUGCUGGGCCAGCUCUUUGGUGUUUCUCUGCCAAAUAUUUGUGAGAAUGACAAUCUGCCCAAACCUGUCUUGGACAUGCUUUUCUUUCUUAAUCAAAAAGGGCCCCUCACAAAAGGCAUCUUCAGACAGUCGGCCAAUGUGAAAUCCUGCAGAGAGCUAAAAGAGAAACUGAACUCCGGAGUCGAAGUACACCUAGACUGUGAAUCUAUUUUUGUGAUAGCAUCUGUGUUAAAGGAUUUUCUACGAAAUAUUCCAGGAAGCAUCUUCUCAUCAGAUCUCUAUGACCAUUGGGUCUGUGUAAUGGACCAAGGCAAUGAUGAAGAGAAAAUAAAUACAGUUCAAAGGCUAUUAGACCAGCUUCCAAGAGCCAAUGUUGUUCUCCUAAGGUAUCUUUUUGGAGUAUUGCAUAACAUUGAGCAACACUCUUCAUCCAAUCAGAUGACUGCAUUUAAUUUAGCAGUGUGUAUCGCGCCAAGCAUUCUUUGGCCUCCUACUUCCUCCAGCCCAGAACUAGAAAAUGAAUUUACAAAAAAGGUUUCUCUGCUUAUACAAUUUCUGAUUGAAAAUUGCUGUAGGAUAUUUGGAGAAGAAAUCACUUCCCUCUUGGGAGAGAUUUCAGUGAGAUGUGAUAAUAGAGAGAAUGCCUCAGAUAUUUCCUGCUUCCAGCUCAAUGACUCCUCCUAUGACAGCUUGGAAAACGAGCUCAAUGAAGAUGUGGAUGCUCCUUGUAGUGACCUUAUAAAGAAACUGGGUCAGGGUAGCAGAAGCAUGGAUUCUGUCUUAACCCUCAGUGACUAUGACCUGGACCAGCCCGAGGUAGAAGGCCUUUUAACCCUGAGCGACUUUGACUUAGACCAUUCUAAAGAUGAAGACGUUCAAGUGAAGCGGCCUCUUGAAUCCAAGCCGGUGAACAUUUCAGUGGCGUACACUAAGGUCCCAUUGCGGGACCCUGCCAGAGCCCCCUCCAGCAUAUGUACACCCACUUACCUAUCCACAGCUACCCCCAAUGCUCCCAAGAGCCUCAGGCGCCAUCGGCGCUGUUCCGAGCCUAGCAUCGACUCUCUAGACUCAAAACUUUCCUAUCUCAGGGAGUUUUACCAGAAAAAGCUACGCAAGUCCAGCUGUGAUGCAAUUCUCUCUCAAAAAGAUGAGCACUAUACGAAACAGACUCAGCCCCUCCAGGAAGCGGGGAAGGUGUGUUUGAAGCAGAGUUUAGUCAUAGGCACUGAUACAAGCAAGAAAAAUGCCACUCAUCAAAAUGUUAAGAAGAAAAGCUUGUCCAUUGCUGAAGGAAAUCAUGGGAAACACUUUCCUAAAUCCAAGCCAGUGUCCAUAUCUGUGGCUUCGGACAGUGGCGCGUCUUCACAAGAUCGUUGCAGGACCCAGCCCACAGCUGCAGACCCACCUGCGCCCUCCCCACUGCACACAGCAGAUGGCCUCAAGAGUUCAAGGGUGCACCGGCGCUGCUCAGAACCCAACAUAGAUGACCAGCACUGCAAGCUGACUUACCUCAGGGGCAUUUACUCAAAGAAACAUCCUAAAACCAGCUGCGAAGCUGGUCCCUUGCAUGGAGAGGAAGAGUACCUCAAGCGACACAAGUCUUUGCAGAUAGAAGGACAAAAACUUAUCAAUCAGAGUUUGGUCAUGGGGAUCGAGGUAGGCAAGAGUAGUGCCACCAGCCAGAACACUGAAAAGGUUUUACCGCCAAGAUUAACCAUUUGCCCCAGGACUAGUUAUUCCAGUUUAUCUUCCCCAGGCACGUCCCCGUCUGGCUCCUCUGUGAGCUCCCAGGACAGUGCUUUUUCUCAGAUUUCUGAGCAUUCCGUGUUUACACCCACUGAAACCUCCUCUCCAAUAGAUUGCACUUUCCAGGCUCAGAGGAAACCAGGCGAGCUCUCUUCUGACUGUAGCAGUCCCAGCUUUGUUUCUGUCACGCACAGUUCCUCACCAGGGCAGGCAAGCAGCCACCUAGCUUAUCCAAAAAAGGACUCUCUAGAGUGGCAUUCACAAAUGCAUUCUGUAACCCUUCACCCCAGCACAUGGUUGAGGAAUGGUGUGGCCAAUUUGAAAAACUGGUCCCUCAAAAAGAAGACAAGGGCAUCUCAACCAGAGGAAAAGAAAUUAAGUUCUCUGAGAGGACCCACAGAGCCCCCUCCACAUGCUUCUGGCUUCCCAGAAGCCAACUUACAGCAAGAGAGACCAAAAGACAUGCGCCUGAGGGCAACUGAAGGACUUGGAGCUGGACAAACAACCGAGUGGUAUGGUUCUUACCACUGCCAGGACUCAGAAACACAUGGUAGCUCUCCAUUCAGUGUCCUGGAAGACAGGCUCAAGUUUUGUAAAAAGUCACACAAGGAAGUAGAGGGUGGUGGUCAGUGCUCUCCUGGUGCUCUCCCUUGUGAAAGGUCCUCAUCCAGCUCUUUGACUGUGGAUGAUGUGUCCAGCCCAGACUCAGGGCCUGCUGUAGCUUGUGAUGAUGCAGACAGACAUUUAACCAAAGACAUUUAG